AUGGCAGCUCUCGCCAGCUCUCUCAUCAGACAGAAACGGGCAGUCAAGGACGACCACGCCAACCGACCGGUAGCCAGCAAACGUAAGCCCUGUCCCAAGAGCAACAAGUCCCUGUGCCAGAAGCAGAUCCUGGUCCUCAUCUCCAAAGUGCGCCUGUGCGGGGGUCGGAAAGGGCGCAACGAAAAAAGGCCAGAGCCUCAGCUGAAAGGCAUCGUGACGCGUCUGUUCAGCCAGCAUGGAUACUAUCUGCAGAUGCAGCCUGAUGGGACUGUGGACAGCACAAGGGAUGAAGGCAGUUCUUUCACACAGUUCAACUUAAUUCCAGUGGGACUGAGAAUAGUGGCUAUCCAGGGUGCGAAGACAGGACUGUACCUGGCCAUGAACAGCGAAGGCUACCUCUACACCUCUGAGCACUUUACCCCAGAGUGCAAGUUCAAGGAGAGUGUGUUUGAGAACUACUACGUGACAUACUCCUCCAUGCUGUACCGGCAGACCCAGUCAGGGCGGUCCUGGUAUAUCGGUAUCAAUCGGGAUGGCCAGAUCAUGAAGGGGAACAGGGUCAAGAAGAACAAGGGAGCAGCUCACUUCCUGCCUAAAGUUAUAGAAGUUGCCAUGUAUAAAGAGCCGUCACUACAUGAGCUGGCCAGUGAACCAGUAAGUCCUCCGAGGAAAACGGUCAAGACGUCCGAUUCUCCGUCCCUCAAGAAUGGGCGGAAAGAGGCUCCCAAAGCAGACGCCUCAUAG